AUGGAGUCACGAUUCAAAUACAACCCGCUCAACGUUGAACGGCACGAGAUCCGCUUGCUGAAGCUUCUUUCUCCAGGGAGUGGCCCUUCCCUCGCGAAAUCGGCGCUGGUGAACUGCACGCUCGAGCAUGUCUCCCUAGACGAAAACCCAAAGUAUCAAGCGUUAUCGUACGUUUGGGGUAAUCCCGCCUUAACGACUCCGAUCUGCGUCGAUGGGAAAGUCUUCCAGGCAACGUUCAAUCUCGAGGCUGCGCUGCGGCAUCUUCGCAAGGAAGAUGCGUCAGUCACGUUAUGGGUAGACGCAGUGUGUAUUGAUCAGGGCAACAAUGUCGAGAAAAGUGACCAGGUGCAGCGCAUGGGCGACAUCUAUCGCAACGCGAGCGAAGUAGUCAUCUGGCUUGGCCAGACCAAGCAGGAACAUUCGAAACUCUGGGCCCAAUUGAAGGAGCUGUCCCAAUUAUCGGCCGGAGGCGGUGCCCUGGAACUCAACAUUGACGACCUAGUGGAUGUCGAUGAGAGGAAUACUCGUGCGCCUUGGCUACUUAGUCUAAAUCUCGAGUUGCAGAAGAUGUUCGAGACGAUUACGAUCGGAUACAGCAACGAAGAUACACUUCUCAUUGAGCCUCUCUUGAAACUACUCGGGCAGCCCUGGUGGUCACGGAUCUGGGUAGUGCAGGAGUCUAGCCUCCCAUUCCUGGCCCGGGUAGUCUGGGGUUCGAACGAGAUGUACUGGGUUGGGGCAUGGGAGCGAGUUCACCGUCGGAGUGAUGAUAAGAAGGUCAAACUGAUCGAUAUGCUUUUGCAGACUAGUGUCAGCUCGGCGUUGACGGCAACAGAUCCAAGGGAUCAUAUCUACGGCUUAUUUGGUAUUAUCGAAGACGCGGAUGAGCUUGGAAUCAAAGUAGACUAUUCGCUGAGCGUCGAGAGUGUCUAUGAAGGUGUGGCGCGGGCGUUACUACGGACUGAAGGUCUGAAAAUGCUCCAGUGCUGUCAGUACUCUGCUCGCCAUCGAUCAGGGACUUUACCUUCCUGGAUACCAGACUGGUCAUCUAGCCUCCGGCAGUUGCUGGAUGGUUUGAGGAUCCUUCUUCCGAGUGGUGUAUACAACGCUUCCGGGUUGAUGGACGCACGCGAAGCUCGACGGCUGGAAGAAUGGAGGCAACGCAUGGAGAAGCUGAAUUGCCAGGAUCCUUCUUUCUCCUUCCAAGCCUCUACUUCCUCUAACGACAGCGCAGCGACGGUGUUAGCAUCUGAGGAAUCGAAACCGGGCAUUCUCCGCAUUUUAGCAGCACCGGUAGACUCCAUCCUUGCCGUCGGGGGCGCUUGGGAAGAAGCAAAUGGCGCCUUAGACGGGCACUUCAGAGACAUGCUCUGGGUCGAGGAACUCGAGCGGUUGGCAGAGAAGAGUGAGGGAGUAUAUUCCGAAGCGGCCAAAAAGGAAGCACUGUGGCGGACCCCAAUCGCAGAUCGGGGCCUGCCACGAAUGACGUACAUCUGGUUUCCACGCGCGACCACAGAGGCAAUGGGUCACGAUGUGCUGAUGGGCAGAUUUCCCCUCGAUAAGAUUAAUGAACAGAGCCGGGGCUUUUAUUAUCAAAAGUCUAGGGCGUACCAAAAAAUCCUCAGGGCUUUUGGGAAAGACAGACGCUUCUUUAUCACGCAGACAGGUUUCUUAGGCCUCGGACCCGACCCUGCAGAGCCCGGCGAUGAAGUCUAUAUCAUCCAAGGGGCAUCGACACCAUUCGUUCUGCGACCCACAGAAGACAGCCGCUCCUACAAGAUCAUAGGCGAGGCUUACGUGCACGGAGUCAUGGACGGCGAAUUCAUGCAGAAGAGACCAGAGAUGACCACUAUUGAUCUAUGCUAA